AUGAGUCCAUCAGCAAAGAAGAGGCCCAAGAAUAGAGUGGCUUGCAAGAUGCAAGAUGAAGAACCACAUGGCAUUAGAGAGCAUUCUGUCAGCAAAGUAAUUGAGCAGAAUCGACUGAAAAUGGUGUUAAAAAACUUAUCCCUCUUGAAGCUACUCAAGAGCUCGAACCCCCGGAUCCAAGAACUGCACAACCUGGCCAAAAGGUGUUGGAAUUCACUGUUUAGAGUUCCCAAGAUCCCCCACAUCUCCUCUGGGGACAACAACGUCUGCAAUAAAGUGAAAAAAAAUGAUGAAGAGCUCCAGGAGGCUAGGUGUCCCAAGCAGAAGCGAGAGUCCAAGAAAUCAGACUCCAUAGAGGAGCCUAAGGAGAUGAAGCCCAAGAAACCAAAGCCCAACGUGGGGUCAGGGGUGAGGGGCGAGGCAAAGAGGUCACCUGAAGCAGUGCCCCAGAAAGAAGAGCAGGUGAAGCCAGAGGUCCCAAGGACAUCAAGGGGUCCUGGCCUGACCACUUGCCCUAAGGCUCUGGGGAGCCAAGUAUCCAGGAGAGGUCCCCGAGUGGUCUUCCUGAAGACCUACCACCUCAGAAGUGCCAUGGGAGACAUGAAGAAGCGGAAUGCAGCUGACCAGUGGAUCUGGUUUGAGGGGCUGCCCACCCGCAUCCGCCUCCCAGGGCCCCGGGUGAUGUGCAGAGCCUCCACCCUGCGCUUGGUCAAGCGCUGCUGCACGCGCUACUGCUCCGCAACGCUGGAGCUGCCCAUGCGCCGUCCAUACAGGGCGUCCGAGAAUCGCCUAAAACUCGGGACCAAGGAGCGAACGAAUUGCAUCCCUUCCCCCUCACGAGCCGGGCUCCUGAGAGAAAGGCGCGAUGACAGGUGCCCCCAAAUCCGGGACAAAGCUGCCGGGUGGACCAAGCGUCCGGCCUUUCCUGCGAGUGUCAAGGCCCUGAUGAUCACGGGGCAGUGUCUGGGUCGCAGACCCGGGAAAGCACCGAGUCAGGACGGGAUCUUUACAGCAGCGGUGCGUAGUGGACGCCCUCGGGAGAGCAGGGGAGUCCUCCACACCACGCCCCGCGGAGAGGAAAGAGGGACCCGGGCUGGGAGGGCGGGGGAAGUGGGAGGGGGCUCCCGCCCGUCCGCUCGCUCCUCGGGGAUGCGGAUCCGCUCGCACGGCCCCUCGGGUUUGGGCUUCCGCACCUUGACCCAGCCACCUCGGGCUGAACACCGACCACGCACCCGGCCCGCCCGCGCCAGGCAGCCUGGUGGCCGGCGGCGCGCUCCUCGCCCCUCCCGCUGCCGCCGGUGGCCGCCUGUAUUUAUUCUCGCGCGGUGCUCUCCUGCCAAGCUCCACCCACGCUACCUCGGCUCCCGCCUCCAGCGCUCGCACUCACGUCCCGCGCAGUUCUCACCCCGCGAACCUCCGCUUCAAGCUGUCAGCCGGCUCAGCCGGCGCUGCAGCCCAUCUCAGUUUCCGUGUCGGUUCCCUGCCUGGGCAUCCUCAAUGCCAUCAACCUGCCGGGAUAACCCCAUCGAUUUUCGGUCCUAA